AUUCGACACAAUUUACCCUUUUGUCACCCCACGUCAAAUGGGACCUAGGGAUUAACAAUUCUAAGAUAAUUAAGAUAUACAGUUGCAUUAACGAUUGAGCUUAAUUAGCAACACACAGUUCUUGUGUUCUAAUUAUUCCUCAAAACUCUUAUACAGCUGGUGUUUCUGGCUGCUUGAAUUUGUAUCUGUUUCCACAAUGGUGACAAUAUGUCUACAGUGUGGUGACGAAGGAUUCUCUAACGCCUUUGUUUUUUGUGUAAAAUGUUUGGAUAUUGCCGUGCAUCGCUACUGCCUUGAUACAAUUCCCGAUACAUUUGAUGAAGAUGUCUAUUGGGUCUGUGAUGAUUGUGAGGUGGAGGUGCCAAAUGAAUCUACUAUCAGGAAUUCUGAUCCCGUCUCGCCUGAAAAUUGCACUAGUUCAAGACAUCUUAAAGCAAGUUCUGAAGCAAAACUUGAUGUUCCUCCAUUGAUAGCUGAGGUAGAAGUAAGGACAGUCCACAAGUUUUCCCAGAAAGAUGUUGAGAAAUAUCCUGGAAUGGAUUUGGUAGAGCAUAGUCAGUUAGGAGGUGAUAAGAAGAAGAAAUCUAAUCCUAUGUCUGUGAUAGAUAAGAAAGAUUUUAUUCAUGCUGCCGUGGAAAAAGCACAACCUGUUUAUGAUCCUAUUUGGAGGGGUGGUUUUAAGUUAUCAGUGAACAAAGAGUAUCAGACACUUGGUGGACUUGUAGCUCACCUAUCAGUCAAAGCAUGCCAAAGGGUUUUUGAAGAAGCAAAGUUAUUUCCACUUUCGCUUCACUUGGAAAUGCUUCCAAAAACUGAUAUAUGGCCUAAGAGUUUUUAUUCAUCGGAGCCUAGUGAUGAUAACAUUGCAUUAUAUUUCUUUCCUUUGGAUGCAAGAUACGAGCAGGAUUACGAUUAUUUGGUUGAGCAAAUGAUCGGUGAAGAACUCGCUCUGCGAGCAGUUGUCACAAAUGCAGAGCUCUUGGUUUUCACAUCCACAGAGCUUCCCCUGCAUCACUGGAGAUUCCGAAGCAAGCACUAUUUAUGGGGCGUUUUUAGAAGGAAGCAGGAUUCUGGUAGCUCUCAAAUGGUAUCGAACGGGAUUAAAUCUGUGAUACUUCAAAAUGCCGGGAAUGUUUUGGCUGCCAGAGAUCAGAUAAACCUUGUGAAAGCCGAAACUUGUCGUCCACAGAGUCCUAUUAGCCCUUUAAGCAAUAAUGCAAGUGUCGCGUCCCGCACUUCCUGAAGCAUCUGUACUCUAUUUUUCAUGUUGAGCUUCUCAAUAUGAGCUUGUUUCUGUACCAUUUGUCUGAAAUGAAAACUUUGAGACCGCACGGAUGCGGUUGUGGGCUGUUGGAACUUUGAGACCGCACGGUUGCGAUUGUGGGCUGUUGGUAAAUAACCUGGUGAAAACAGCGACGAAGCUGGUCUGUAAGAGUGGAAUACAUGAUGUGAGAAUUAGGUGCACAUAAAAAAUAGAGGUUUUUCUUCAAUUGAAGAAUUUGAUGUCCUGUGAAAUGCAACCACAUGUAACAUGUCAUCUGUUUAGCUGUACAUUGGUAAAUUAAGGGUGGUUGGUCUGGAAACCACGGUAGAUGGUAGAUGGUAGAUGGUAGGCAGCAGCAUUACUAUACAGUUAGGAAUCUGAUAUAUGGACUGUGAUUGUCGUAGGUUAAUUUAUUCUGCAUGUAAAUUAAAUCUGAUAGUUGGUAUUUGGACGGUUUUUUCA